AUGGAUGAUGAUGAUGAUGAUGAUGAUGAUGAUGAUGAUGUGAUGAUGAUGAUGAUGAUGAUGAUGAUGAUGAUGAUGAUGAUUUGGAUGAUGAUGAUUGAUGAUGAUGAUGAUGAUGCUGAUGAUGAUGAUGAUGAUGAUGAUGAUGAUGAUGAUGAUGAUGAUGAUGAUGAUGAUGAUGAUGAUGAUGAUGAUGAUGAUGAUGAUGAUGAUGAUGAUGGAUGA